UGCAAAGUUUGGUAUAUUGAUCUUUACAUUUAUACAUAUACUGUAUAUUUUUCUUUAUAUUACAUCAAUUUUGCGAAAGUAUGCAUAAGUGAUCAAGAUACAUCUUUUUAUCUACACACUUAUUUUACUUAUGGUAAUUUUGUAGCGCAUGCUACAAAAAUUGCCGGUUUAUCUCAUAACACUGUUUCCAAUCAUCCGUAAUUAUAGGAACGAAUAAAAUGCUGAUUAUAACAAAUUUUUUAUUAGUUAUGAUAUACAUUGAUAAAUGAAAUAUUUAAAUUUUAAUAUACAUUUAACACAAUUAAAUUGCAUGUUUUGUGUAAUUUAAUGACAUAAAUGAAUAAUAUUGUCUACAUACAAUCCAAUUCUAACCGCCUUUGUUGUAUAUGUAUAUUUUUGCCUCGUUGCCUAGGCAACGCGUCAUAAUUAUGAUGGCAGCUGUAGAAAUAUUUUCAAGUUCUGUUGAUUAUAAAUAUCAAAGUCGAAUAUGUUCUGUAAGUUUUUUAAUUGUAUUGUUUCUUGUAACUUUAUUAGUAUUUACACCAUUUUUUAUUAUCUAUAAUACAGGAGGAUCUUCAUUGAAAAAUCGUGUCUAUACAGAAAAACCAUAUAUAUCAUUUAAUUAUAAAUAUCUAAUAUUAGCAGAUAAGGGCUAUAGUGUUAGUCCAAUAGUUUGUUCAGCAUUCACAAUGUAUAAAGAUAAUAAAAUUACAGAUGAUUGUACAUUAAUAAAGGUGCAAGAGAUAGAUACAAAUAGUGAUGGUAAAAAGGAUAUUUUAAAAUUUGAGGCCCAUUUUUAUACAAACAUCCCUGUUAAAUCUUACAAGAUUUUACUAUUUUUUAAUUUUCAGUUGAAGCAAUUAUUUGAAAUAACAAUUGAGUCUAUCGCAUUAUUUACUCAUGUAUUAAAUGAAGAAGUACAAAGGAUACAAUUUUUUGGAGAUUUGACAUUACAGCAAAAGGGCCUUCUUACCAGUGAAGGUUUAUAUGAAUCUUAUAAUCAGAGUAUAGAGAUGGUCAAUUACUCAUUAGAAGAAUUACUCUUACAAAAUUCUAAUAGAAAAUUUGCAGCUAAAAUAAACAAUGAGCAUAUAAUAAAGUUCGCAGGUCACACACAAGAAAAUAAAGUAGUAAUUUGUGCAGAAAUAAUCUAUAAGGACAGCUUAAUUUACUAUCAGCCCAGUAUUUUGGAAGAAUUGAAAUGGGCAUGGGGCUGCAGUUUAUAUAAAUUAGAACAUAGGUGA